AUGUCACCGGAACGGCUGACUAUGGGCGACGACGGCCGUAAGGGCUCGGCGAGAAUUCGGGACGCUCCCGCCUCCCCGGUCAGGGUGAACUUUCAAGCCGAGAACUGGGCCCAACCAUCCAACGCGAACAUUGAGAUGGCGCAACCGUACCAUGGAGAAUUUUCCACUGUCGACUCUCACAGCCAAAAUGCCCCUCUUCCUCCGAAACACAGUCACCAGCCGGGACGGCAAUUGCAUAGUCGUGACGGGAAGCAGCUCCCACCUCUCGCGACGUCCAACUCCUACACGGCCGAACCCGAGCGAUUGAGUCCCGCAAACUCUCGCCCACCCACGCAGGGAAACAACGAUUCGAUUUACCGCGCAAAACGGGGGACGCAAGAGUCGGACAGCUUCAGCAUACCGCGGUCCCAAGAUACCAACCGUCAAAGUCGAGAGUCGGACACGACUGCCUCGACCACGCAGCACCAGGCGUCCACCGAAUCUUCCGCGACCACGAGUGCAAGCUCCGUAUCCGGUAACAAUGAGUCGUCCGAUUACAAGGAGGACGACUCUCCUACAAGCUCGGUCGUGGAAGGCAACAUGUCUGGGAACCAGUCCGUCCCCAUGUUCCAAUACUACCACCACCAAGAAUACCCUCCUCAACGCGUGGCCAGCGUUCCCCAGGAGCUGGACCGUCGGUCGUCUUCGAACCCGAGCCUCAAUGCUGAUGGGACACCCGUCAACCGCCACUUGACGCCGACCGGCUUUACCAGGAGAAGUUCGAUGCCGCGGCCUUCUUCGGCCUACUCCGCCAUCUCGGACUAUGCGCCUAGAGGGCGGUCUCCUAAUUUGAUGCCCGGUGGCGCCCAGAUGCGCACCCCAUCUGGCACUCGCAAAUCCCCAGAGACGAGACCAGCUUCAGCUUCGUACGCAGAGCUGCUGAAUGUUCCCUACCCACAACCGGCCCCCGCCCCCAUCAAUUUCGACAAUAAUCAGCUCAGGAAUGCUGUGGGUAACAAUGCGUCGCUCCUUAGCACUCAGAAGACCCUAGAAAUGUACCGCCAGAAUGUCAAGAAGACCAACGACUUCUCCAUUCAGUAUUCUUUUGCCGUCUUCCUGAUUUCCACUGCCCAGGACCAGGGCCUCGAUCCCAGCGCGCCCGCCCCUCGCAAGGGAAACACCAGCCCUCAGCACGGCCCCUCUUCUCCCCAUGAACUCCUCAAGGAAGCCAAGGGCAUUCUCACGAAGCUUGCCAACAAUGGCUACCCGUUCGCGCAAUACUACGUCGCGGACGGCUACGCUUCGGGCUUGUUCAGCAAGGGAAAGGAGGACUACAACCAGGCUUUCCCUCUGUUCGUCCAAGCCGCCAAGCACGGUCAUGCCGAAUCCGCCUACCGUGCCGCGCUCUGUUACGAGUUCGGAUGGGGGUGCCGAAAAGACCCUGCCAAGGCCGUCCAGUACUUGCGCAUGUCGGCUUCGAAGCGACACCCCGGUGCCAUGUCCCGCUUGGGCAAGGCCUGUCUCUCGGGUGACUUGGGCGAGAAGCGUUACCGUGAGGGUAUCAAGUGGAUGAAGUUGGCAGCUGAGGCAGCCGACUCCGUCUACAGCGCAGCUCCGUACCAGUUGGGAUGUCUGUAUGAGACAGGCUACGGUGACGACAUCUUCCGCGAUGAGAGCUAUGCUGCCGAGUUAUUCACGGCCGCGGCAGAGCUUGGCCACCCGGAGGCUAACUUCCGCAUGGGUGAAGCAUACGAACAUGGCAAGCUGAAUUGUCCUCGGGACCCGGCUUUGAGUGUUCACUUCUACACUGGUGCCGCGGAACGCGGCCAUGCCGGAGCCAUGAUGGGUCUUUGCGCUUGGUACAUGGUCGGAGCCGAGCCCAUUCUGGAGAAGGACGAGGAGGAGGCUUAUGAAUGGGCGCGUCGUUCUGCAGAACUAGGCUACGUCAAGGCUCAAUAUGCCGUCGGUUACUUCACAGAAAUGGGCAUUGGAUGUCGACGGGAUAUCCUGGAAGCCAACGUCUGGUACGUGAAGGCUGCUGACGCCGGCGAUGAACGCGCGAAACAGCGUCUGGCCAUUAUCCAAGCUGCCGUCAGCGGCGGUACACCGAUGGAGGUUGCGCCGCCGCGCAACGGUAAGAUUAAGAAGAACGCCGACGACAAGGACUGCAUUGUGAUGUGA